UUUUUUUUGGUCUAGACACCAUACACCUGAAACCAUGACCAUACUGGAAAAGUUUGAAUGGCCUUCCCUCAAUAUCAGUAGCCACGGGAAAAAUAAAAUCCAACCCUUUUAACAUUUCAGAGGACUGAAGCACAAAUUAAAAAUUUAAAUGUCUACACACAAAUCUACCGUAACAACAGCUUUAAAAAAAAAACAAAGGGAAGUAUAGCACCUGAUAGAGGAAGCAGAUAUAAACUUGCACUUUUUUUGUGUUACAAUUACAAACACAGCAGUUUGCAAAUUGAAACGACACAGUGGGUGCCUCAGAUUCUGCCGUGUCACAUAUCUGCCGUCCUUUCUGUCUCCUGUUAGAUUAAUGUUUGUACUGGUAAGUGUUGUCAUUCCGUUUUCUUACCCACACGUUGAACCCCUCUGCAUGCCCAAUACUGUAUCUUAAGUUUUGCCUAUCUGUGACGCAGCAAAUGGUAGAAAAUACGCACAUGCGUGAGGGCAGAGCUUCCCCUUCCCCUCAUCACUGUACCCUAGGCACCAAGAUUCAGUCAAGCCUGAGAACAGCGACACAACACACCACUAUCUGACGCAACUACACAUUAAAACAGAAACCGCUUUAUUGGCGGGCUUAAUGCAACCUUGCUCACAUGCACACACUGACAGGUUUUUUUUUGUUUUGUUUUUUGUCGUCUGCAAUGUGCACCAGGAAGGUCUGCUGUUGACCCUGUUUGCCACUGCACAGCUCGAAGAGGAGAGAGUGUUUGUUCGUCAGUCUGCUGUUUACAAAGGACUGUGAAAUAUGUGGUCUCUGGUGGUCCCUGCUGGGUCUGACCUCUCCCCUCUAUCCAUGCUGGUGAUGUAGAGAGAAGAAUACAAGUGUUAUGGGAGUGAAAAGACGAAGGACUGACAACAGGUAAGGUUUGCUGAAUAUGCCUCCAGUGUCUGUUUGAGCGAGGGAAUGACUGCGAAAAUGUCUGGGUUGUCGAGGGAGUCCCUGGUGAACUCCUCCUUACAAUGUGGCUACAACAAUACGGCCUGGGAACAGCGCAUGGACAAGAUGUACACGUACUUCUACCUGCUGCUCUUCAUCCCUGGCCUGCUGCUCAACACCACUGCUCUCUAUGUCCUCUGCAGACACAUUAGUAAGAAGACCAAGGCAGUGAUCUUCAUGAUAAACCUGGCAGCAGCUGACCUGGCCCACAUCCUCUCUCUGCCCCUCAGGAUCUAUUAUUACUUCACACACACCUGGCCUUUUGGACGAGGCGUCUGCUUGUUCUGCUUCUAUCUCAAAUUCCUCAACAUGUACGCUGCCAUAGUGUUCCUGAUGUGUAUCAGCGUGCAGAGGUGCGUCUUUCUGCUCGACCCGUUUGCUGCUCGUCGGUGGAGGCGGCGUUAUGACCUGUUGAUCAGUGUUGUAGUGUGGGUGGUGGUCGGUCUGGCUUGCUCGCCAUUCAUUCUGAUGCGGUCCAACGGUAGUGAAACCAAUGCCAGCGUCAGCACACAAACACUCAAUAACAUGUCCUAUUCUCUGGAUGCCACUUCUACCCAACAUCCCAACAGUUCCAUCAAAGGGAGCUGUUUUAAAGAUUUGCCCAUGCGGCGUCUGUCUCUCUCUCUGGCAGUCACCAUGAUGGCCUCAGCUGAGAUGUUUGGUUUCGUCAUUCCUUUGGCCUGCAUCAGUUACAGCUCUAUCCGCAUCGCUCAGUCCCUCAACCAAAAACAGACCGAGGAUCAGCAAAACUCGAACGCUCGACUCAACUCCUCAGCACGCAGCCAACUCCAGUCAGUCUCCUCCAACUGUCAGACGGAUAAACUUAACGAAAAGCAGACAAAGAGGGAGAAGCGGCGCGCCCUGCGGAUGGUACUGAGCUGCUUGGCCCUCUUCUGGCUCUGCUUUGCCCCCUACCACCUCAACUUCUUGUUCUACCUGAUGGUGUCGCAGGACAUAGUGACCCACUGUCCUACCAGGCAGGCUGUGAGUCAGUUCCACCCGGUGUCUCUGUGCCUGGCGAGCCUGAGCUGCUGCCUCAACCCCCUGCUCUAUUAUUUUCUAACAGCUGAGUUCAGGUUGCACCUCACCAGGCGCACCUCCUCCUUCUCCUCCUCGCUACUCUCCUCCCCGAUCAGCUCCCCGACCCAGCACCUACCACCUCACAGACUGUUGAGCAUGGAGAGUAACUGCUCAGACAGGGAAUAGCAUUAUUGACCAGCAAGUGUGAAAGAGGAUGACCAACAGCCAGGCCUCCAUGAUGCAUUGUGUUGAACUUGAAAACAGGCCUUACAAUUUGCAGGAUUUCACGUUAACUUUGACGUCAAUAUGAAGAGCCUCCCAGAGGACAUUGCUUUAGACCACAGAGUAAAAAUCAGAAAAUGAAAUGAUGUAUAUGUUGCAUGAGCCUGUGCACAAAAUCUGUAUGAAUAUCGUAACAGUUGCUUGAUAUCGGAAGUCUGCUCUAAAACCACAGUCUCAAACUUUAGAUAAGCUAUGUUGUAACUGUCUAAGCUGUAGGUGAAUGCAAGCCACUGUAUUGUAAAUAAAAGCUAGUCUGUGCUUUC